UGAAACAGCCAAUCAGAACCCGGGGCACCAUAUUGAACUGUUGUUCCUAUUCGAAAACAACUUUCUAUUUUAAAAACCCUGCUGUUCUUAAUCAACGUUUAUCCUCAGCACUAAUAAUUGCGCUUGACUAUGAAGCUAGCGGACAUUAAGAAGUUAAAGGUAUCCGAGCUACGGACCAGACUUCAGCUAAAAGGACUGGACAGCAAAGGGCUGAAGGCAGAGCUGGUUGGUAGACUCUGGUCAGCUCUGGAGUCUGGACUUACGGAUGAAUGUCUGGAGCAAGAUGCGUCCGAGGUUCAGAAUAACGAUGAGGAUGUCCUCGUGUCCACAGCACAGUUGUCAGCUUCGACUACAGCAACAGCACCGAGUGGACUGGAGAGGAGUCGUGAAUACUCGGACACUGGUACUCAGACCGACGCCGUUGAAUAUCCGUCUCCAACACCAAACUCUGGGUCAUUGCCUGGGAGUGAGUGUCCCACGGCGGGUGGAGAACUUGUGAGACCACAGGGAGCUUGUGACCAUCACAAAGAAGGCAGAGGAAGAGCUUUCUAUGAGUUUAAAGAGGAGAUCAGAUAUAAGAGAACCAAACUAGUGCAGGAUCCAUUGAGGAAAGAAGUGGAAAUUUGGAGUGAUCGAGAUAAAGUACAGCUCAAUUCACACGAUGCUCAUCUUCACUUUGAAGUGGGUCCUGAUGGAUCGAGUGGCUGGCCGAGAUUCUGGGACCGGUUUCCUCUCCUGUGGUCUGGCUGCCGACUCAGUCAUGGCGUGGCACAGGGCUGGGUGGGAUUUGAGGUGAGAGUGGAGAGGAAGUUGUCGAUCGCACAGAUGGGGGCCCCAGAGAGAAGUGAAUCCUGCGGCAUGAGAGUCGGCUGGUCUGUCGCUGACAGCUGUUUGUUGCUGGGUGAAGAGGAGUUUUCGUUUGCUUAUGAUGCAACUGGUGAAAAGGUUUCAGGGGGAAAGUCUGAAGAAUUUGGUGAACAAUAUUCAGAAGGGGACAUUAUAGGCUGUUAUGUAUCAUUUUCAGAUGUUAUUCAGUUCUCAUUCCACAAAAAUGGACAUUUCAUGGGUAAUGCCUUUUCUGUGGACUCGUCAAGGCUGCUGGGACAUGCUCUGUUCCCCCAUGUCUUAUGUAAGAACUGCUAUGUUAAGUUUAACCUGGACCCUAAUGGCCCGCCCUGGUACCCAACACCACAAGGCUUUACUUCACUGGUGACACUUCCUGCUGAACAGAGAGUAACUGCUGCAUCAGCUACGAAUGACAGUGCAGUGUGUGAGAUGGUGUUGUUGGUGGGCCUGCCUGGUUCUGGGAAGAGCCGAUGGGCUCGGUCUCACAUGCAGGAGCACCCGGAGAAACACUUUCAACUGUUGGGUACAGAGGAGCUGCUGUCAUGUAUGAUGAAUGCAGAGCAGAGGGAGCUCCAACUUCAGCAGGCGGCACAGUGUUUGACGGAGCUCAUCAAAGUAGCGGCUUCUACACCGGGAAACUACAUACUUGACCAGUGCAACACUCUGUUCUCUGCUCGAUGCUACAAGUUGCAGCUGUUUAAAGGCUUCAGGCGGCGUGUGGUGGUGAUAUUCCCUUCUACAGAGCAGUGGAGGAAAAGGCUCGCUGAGCAGCAGAGACAAGAUGGCGAGCAAAUCCCUCACACAGACUUGCUCAAACUGCAAGUUAGCUGCAGUCUUCCAGAGCAGCAGGACGACUUGAUGGAUGAGCUGCAGUACAUAGAGCUGUCACAGGAGGCAGCACAGUCCCUCCUGCAGGAGUGUAAAGAUGAAGCACACAGACUGCUGCCCCCUGUUCCCAUUCAGGUUAAGAAGAAGCCCAAAAUCCGCAAACGGCCGCACCCUUACGGCUGCUCUUAUUCUGGUUGGACACAGUGGAAUCAAGGAUGGAGUGAGGCAAAAUCCAACCAGCAACCAUGGAGCCAGCCACCUGGAUAUUGGAGUUUGCCUUACCCAGGACAGAGCAUCAACUACAACAACUGGAGUUUCGGCAGGUAGUUACGGAGGAAGCUAGAAGCAUGACAAUAUGCAAUGAUAUUGCACUACCAGCUGUGGCGGACUAUCAGUGUUUUCAAGUAUCAAUACCUUUGUUUACAAGAUUUGUACAAAUUUUAUUUUUUUUAAUAUUUUCUCUUCAAAACAAUGUGCUAAAAUACAAUUCUCUGGAGUUAAACUUGUACGUCACUGGUUUGUCGAGCAGACGUUUCUCUGUCGGGUCGGACCUUCUGAAAAAGCAGAACUGCUCCUUUUGCUGAAGGACACAUCUCCGCCCACAGUGGAAUGUUCAAGUCCAGAUGCAACAUCUCCUGAAACAAUACACACAUAUUUCAUGUGUACUGAUAUGUAUUUUUUAAAUUAGGUUUGUGUGAGAGCUCAGUUGUCCGUGUCACCACACAAUGCAAUAUUUGAAUGCAGCAAUCGGAGGAAUUUGUCACAGAUUAAUUUGUGUCAGAGAUUUUU